AUGGGUCUUACCUUCUCGAAGCUCUUCGACAAGCUAUGGGGAAAGAAGGAGAUGCGCAUUCUGAUGGUCGGUCUUGACGCUGCCGGAAAGACGACCAUUUUGUACAAGCUCAAGCUGGGUGAAAUCGUCACCACAAUCCCCACCAUUGGGUUUAACGUUGAGACCGUCGAGUACAAGAACAUCCAGUUCACCGUAUGGGAUGUGGGUGGUCAAGACAAGAUUCGUCCUCUCUGGAGGCAUUACUUCCAGAACACCCAGGGUAUCAUCUUCGUCGUCGACAGUAACGAUCGCGACCGUGUCGUCGAGGCGCGUGAGGAGCUACAGCGCAUGUUGAACGAGGACGAGCUCAGGGAUGCUCUCCUCCUAGUCUUCGCCAACAAGCAGGAUUUGCCCAACGCAAUGAAUGCCGCCGAGAUUACCGACAAGCUUGGCCUCCACAGCCUCCGCCAGCGUGCAUGGUACAUCCAGUCGACUUGCGCUACCUCCGGUGACGGUCUGUACGAGGGUCUCGAAUGGUUGAGCAACUCGCUUCGCAAGGCCGGCCACAACUAA